CAUACCAUUUCACGUCAAAUAUAUAAGUCAGUGUCCAAAUUUAUGCUAUGUAAGGGGGGAUGUAUUGUUAAAAUUUAUUUCUUUUACGUGUUUAAAAAUUAAAAUUUAACGGAUUACAAUGUCUAUCGAAUUGGUUUCUACUCCAAAUCCCCAUUAUGUGCCUGGGUAUACGGGAUAUUGUCCCCAAUACAAAUAUCGCAUAGGGGACACUUAUGGUACAGCCUCGCAUAAAUUACUGUUAGAUCCGACAGUGUGUCAUGCCGAAAAGUUGGUCCUCUCCGACAGAACCGCUGACGACUAUCAAGUACAAAGACCACCGAAGAACGAUAUCGACAUUGUUAACGCUAGAGAUAUAUACGUGGAUCAGGUCUAUAAGCAUCCAGUUAUACCAGGAUAUGAAGGCUGUGUCCCACGCGAACAUGCACAAUUUGGUCAAAGAUUUUCGGUACAAGCUACAGAAGCUUUAUCAGAAUUUGAAAAGCUUCAGAAAAAUGACAGGGCUGCUUUGAAUGACCUCUUGAGAUUGGGUGCCUUGCAAGAUGGAGAUUGGAAACCUAGGAAUUUGGAGGACACUGAGUUAACUCAAAGCCAGUUCAAGUUGCCUUUGUUACAAGUUCGACCAGAAUGUGCCGGUUUUGAAAGGAAUUUACCUGUAGAUGAACCUCCUAUUAGUCCACCACGACAUUCCCAAAGUCCAUUCUUCAUGCAUUACUCAGAUCCUGAAAAGUACAUGAAGCAAGGUUACGCUGGACAUUUACCAUUUGGAUAUGCAUCGUUUGGCCAGGCCAAUCAACCCAUGACAAAUAGCGCAUUAUGUGAUUUCACAUCUAAUUAUCGUAAAAGAUUAAGUACCGAAUGGGCGCCUGUUAAUAUUGGCCGCCCCGAUCCUCCAUUACUGAUAAAACCUGCCGAAAUUUACCAUAAACAUUUGGGACAAAUACCAAAUUAUGCCGGGCAUAUACCAGGUGCCAUUUUCAGAUUCGGAAAAACGUAUGGAAAUGAUAGUAGAGAUGCAAAACGUUGGUUGAGGGGAGACUUUAGUACAUAGGCUGCAAGACAAAUUCACCAGGGUGAAAAUAUCCUCUUCAGGAAAAGAACAUUGCGAAAAAAUAGCUUUGGAUUGUAAAUAAAUUUGGGAAUACCACAUUUACUAAAUACAUUUUAAAUUCAAGCUGAUAAUUAUUUGUAGAAUUUAA